UCCUAUACACUCAAUGCAAUAUUUAUCGCGAUAAGUCAAAUAUAAAAAUAGUUGAGCAUAGAUAACUCGAAGUAAUUUCUUACAUUUUAUCGUUAGAAUAACCGGUUUACAAUCACAAAUAUACAAAUGAAAUUAUCCUAUAUGUACAACUGUGCUGUAAAAUAAUCGACAGUUGCCGUAUAUCUUCGCUGUGUAGCGUGUAUAAUUUGUAGUUAUGUCUCUUAAACGUAAAUUGGUUACAUUAACAAUUGCUGAAAAAGUGAACAUUAUAAGUGAGGUGACAAAAUGUGGUAAACAAAAAAAUAAAAAUUGCCAAGCAAUUUAAUAUUCCACCCAGUACACUUUCAACUAUUCUGAAAAAUAAAGACGAUAUUUUACAAGAAUACGAAACUAAUAAAGGGUCAAUGAAAAGAAUGAAGAUUUGUGAGUAUCCCGAUAUAGAGGAGAAGGCCGAAUUUUUUGCUACUAAACUCGGCCAUAAACAAUUUAAAGCUAGUCAAGGUUGGUUAAGCAACUGGAAAAUUAGGAAUAACGUCGUUUUUCGUAAAAUAUGUGGUGAAAACGCUUCAGUUGACCAACCAAUAUGUUCUGACUGGUUAGUAAAAUACCUACCAAUUAUAAAUCAAUAUCCCCCCGAUGACGUUUAUAAUGUUGACGAAACAGGUUUAUUUUAUAAAUGUUUACCGAGUCAAACAUUUGUUUUAAAAGGAGAGAACUGUGCAGGGGAAAAAACAGUAAAAAAAGAGUUACAAUUAUUUUAG